AUGGAUGAUGUUCAAGACGCACCAAAACGGCACCAAAACGGACCACAUAUACCUCAUCUCGUGCCCAACGAGGAUUCUGACGACAGCGACGACGAACACCCGAACGACGAUGGAAAUAGAGGUCUUCUUACCGGAUCUCUACGGUCAGAACGGCAUUUUGAACCUCCAAAAGCUUCUGCAGCGAGGAUUUGGCCCCAGAUAAAAAGCAUAGUCAUUGAAAGUGCUCCUACGCUUCUUAUGACGACUAUCAGUCUCCUUUUUACCGGGAAGUUAUUAGACAAGGUCUCGCAUUGGCGCGCCAUGCAAGAAGUCGACCAGCUCAUCAUGAUCAUCCCCGUUGUUCUCAACCUUAACGGAAAUCUCGAAAUGAAUCUGUCAGCACGCCUCGGGACAGCAGCUAAUGUUGGAGAGCUUGAUGAUCCAGCAGUUCGACGCAUGAUUAUUAUUGGCAGUCUUGCUCUUCUUCAAGUGCAAACUGUAUCUGUAUCAUUUCUGGCAGCAUGUGUUGCCCUUGUCCUCGGACGCUUCGUGCCUCGAAGUUCAGCCCAUCCUCCCACUCCACCCUCUUCUAGCAACACAACAGCUACAGUCGUUCGCGAACUUAUGACCUACGCAUUAGACUUUAGAGAAACCUCCCCCGAGAUUGGUCGAAGAUCAGGCAUCCCGACCUUAAUCAUGGUUGCCUCAACCGCCAUGACCGCAGCUGCACUGUCAGGUCUCCUUUUGGGCUCCUUCAUGUGUACCCUCGUUGUCUUGUGCCGGAAAUACGAUAGAGAUCCAGACAAUAUCGCACCCGCCAUCGCCUCAUGCCUAGGAGACCUUUUCACCCUUGUCCUUCUUGGAUUCGUGUCCACCUUGCUAAUCCCAUUCAUCCGAACACCUAUUCCCUUCGUUGUCGGUGUGUUAGUGGUUUGCUGCGCCAUCAGCUGCUUCAUAUAUACACUGAAGAACGAAAAAGUCCGACCGCUGCUUAAGGAAGGGUGGUCGCCAUUAUUCGGAGCAAUGGCUAUAAGCAGCGGUACUGGUAUCGUUCUUGACAUGUUCGUUAGUCGAUAUGCAGGGUUCGCUGUUCUUGCUGUCGUCAUCAGUGGUCUACCUGGAGCAGCUGGUUCAAUUCUGGUGUCCAGAUUGUCGACCUCAUUACAUGCGGCGGCGCUGUCCCUCAACAACGCACUCCCGUCUUACUCAUCAUCUCUCAAGCAUCCCGAACCCAGUCCACUCCUCACUAUGAUUACACUACUCGUCAUCACGAUCCCUGUGGAGAUGAUAUUCCUCUCCAUCCUGAAUGCCCUUGAUUGGCUCAAUCUUCCUAUAUUAUUUGUCGCUUUCUCGAUUCUCUUCUUUUGCGUUGCUGUCUUUGCAUCACUCGUCAUCGCGCGUCUCCUGACCAACUUCCUAUGGUCAAGAAAUAAAGACCCAGACAUGUACGCGCUUCCGAUACAUUCAGCACUCAUGGACCUGAUUGGCCAACUCCUCCUUGUCCUAUGCUUCGAGAUCAUCUCGAAGAUGGGAGGCCAAGUCAAGAUGAGAACCUGA